AUGUUGCGCAGAAUAUCAUCCCGAGCUCCCCAGCGCCUCCUCUCCGCUUCCAAGCCCCGAAGCGUAGCGCCCCUCCUCGCCAUCCGCGCCAUGUCCACCACCCCCGUCGCAAAGAUGUCGCAGCUCAGCACCCACGCUACACAACCCGCCGAUGCAUUCCAGCUUCUGCCAGAGUCGCAAAAGGCCGGCGAGGCGGAGGACCGGCUGUAUGAAGCUACCGUGAAGGAGAUUGAGGCGUGGUGGGCGUCGCCGAGAUAUCAGGGUAUCAAGAGGCCGUAUAGCGCAGAGGACGUUGCGACCAAGAGGGGCACGCAGAAGGUUCAGUAUCCUAGCUCUGUCAUGGCGCAGAAGCUGUUUAAUCUGAUCAAAGAGCGCGUGGCAAAGGGCGAGCCUAUUCAUACCAUGGGCGCAAUCGAUCCUGUUCAAAUGACCCAACAAGCUCCUCACCAAGAAGUCCUCUACAUCUCAGGCUGGGCCUGUUCCUCCCUCUUGACCUCUACCAACGAGGUAUCCCCCGACUUCGGCGACUACCCCUACAACACCGUUCCCAACCAAGUCCAGCGUCUAGCCAAGGCGCAGAACAUGCACGAUCGCAAGCAGUGGGAUCUUCGUCGCAAGAUGACUGCCGAGGAGCGCACAAAGACACCAUACGUUGACUACCUCCGCCCUAUCAUUGCAGACGGUGAUACUGGCCAUGGUGGUCUGUCUGCUGUUCUUAAGCUCGCUAAGCUGUUCGCCGAGAAUGGUGCUGCGGCUGUUCACUUUGAGGAUCAGCUCCAUGGUGGAAAGAAGUGUGGUCAUUUGGCGGGCAAGGUUCUCGUUCCUAUCGGAGAGCAUAUCAACCGCCUUGUUGCUACACGCUUCCAGUGGGAUGUCAUGGGCUGUGAGAACCUCGUCAUUGCUCGAACAGACUCUGAGUCGGGCAAGCUUCUCUCGUCUGCUAUUGACGUUCGCGACCACGAGUUCAUCCUCGGUGUUUCGGACCCUUCCAUUGAACCUCUCGCCGAGACCAUCCAGGCUAUGGAGGCCAAGGGUGCUGUUGGCGCUGAGAUCGAUGCUUUUGAAGCUCAGUGGGUCAAGAACACCAAGCUCGUCACCUUUGAUGAAGCUGCUGUCGCACACAUGAAGAAAGAGGGCGUUUCACAAGGCAAGAUCGACGAGUAUCUCGCCGAGACUGAGAAGGACCAUGACAUGGGUAUCUCCCGCCGUCGCGGCUUGGCAAAUAAGUACACCAAGGAGCCUGUCUACUUCAACUGGGACGUCCCCCGUACCCGGGAAGGUUUCUACCACUACCGCGCUGGUAUGCAGGCGGCUACCAAGCGCGCUCUUGCAUUCAGCCCCUACGCGGACCUUCUCUGGGUUGAGACGGGUGAUCCCAACGUUGAAGUAGCUACCAAGCUAGGCCGCGCUGUUCGCGAGGUCAACCCCGGAAAGGGACUUGUGUACAACCUUUCUCCCUCAUUCAACUGGAUGGCCCACGGUUUCACUGAUGAGACCCUCAAGUCAUUCAUCUGGGAUAUUGCCCGUGAAGGCUUCGUUCUUCAGCUCAUUUCCCUCGCUGGUCUGCACUCCAACGCUACAAUCACGACUGAGCUGUCGCGCGAGUUCAAGAAGGACGGUAUGAAGGCGUAUGUUGAUAUCGUGCAACGCCGCGAGAAGGAUCUCAAGUGUGAUGUUUUGACGCAUCAGAAGUGGAGUGGCGCAAGCUACAUUGAUGGCAUUCUGGGUGCUAUCCAGAGUGGAAGCUCAAGCAGCAAGAGUAUGGGAGAGGGAAACACUGAGGGACAGUUCCAUUAG